AUGAAGGGCAAGAUUAAGAAAAGGGCAAGAACUAUUAGGCUGAGCCACCUUUUAGGGACUAUCUCCAGGAGAUACAGGAUGUCAUCUUCAUUGGCCAUUGCCCUUCUGGGCUGUUUGAUCCUUGGGGUGUCAUUCUCAGAAGGGGCACCUCGUUCUUCAUGUCCACCUGGAUGGUUUUUCUACAAAUCUCAUUGUUAUGGAUAUUUCCGGUUCAGAUUGCCCUGGUCUGAAGCUGAGUUCGAAUGUGUCAGUUAUGGACACGGUGCACAUUUGGCUUCAGUCAUAGAUGACUCCGAAGCAUCUAUUAUUGCCAGUCAUGUGGCUGCUUACUCCCCAAAUGUAGAUAUCUGGAUUGGACUUCAUGACCCUGAACAGAAUCGUCGCUGGAAAUGGAAUGAUGGCUCAAUGUAUAAUUAUCGUGCUUGGAAGAAUGGAGAGCCCAACAAUUUGAAUAACGUUGAGAACUGUGGGGAGCUGGCCAUAGAAACAAAGUACAGGCAGUGGAAUGAUGCUCCGUGUACAGAACAAAACCACUUUGUGUGCAAAUACAAACCGUAAGAACAUGAUCAUACUCUGGGAAAUGCCAUAAGGCGGGUCACAAUAUGAACCGUUUUACUGUGCGCUUAAAAUCUGAAUAAAAUAUUUU